AUGGAGUUGUCAUAUGAAGAAGAAUUAGUUUCUUCUUGUGAUCCCGUAUUUUCAGAUGUUGAAUUCAGAAAACCGAAAGAGAUUAUGCUAAAAGAUGAAGGAGAAGAUGAAGAAGAAAGAGAUAUUGGUCAAGAAGAAGAAGAAGAAGAAAGAAAGACAACAGCGUGUGAUGGUGUUGACGAAUCAAGAUUGAAUCAAGAACUCAAUCUUUUAGACAGUUUAAACAUGGGUAAUUCAUCAGAAAGUACAACCCCACAAGCAUCAGAUACAACUGAGCCUAGGGUUUUUUCCUGCAACUACUGCCAAAGAAAGUUCUACAGCUCACAAGCACUAGGGGGUCACCAAAAUGCCCAUAAAAGAGAGAGAAAUCUUGCAAAAAGAGGCCAAAGAAUGGGGUUCCUUUCAGGUCCCAUGAUUUCAGCAGCUGCAGCUUUUGGCCAUACAUAUAUGCACCAGCAGCAACACCAAGAUCAAAACUACUGUUCUAGCCUUUCGUCGCUUCCUCUCCAUGGAUAUAACAACAACAGAUCACUUGGAAUUCAGGUACACUCAAUGAUCCACAAGCCUUCUAAUUCCAUGUUUUCAAGUUCGGCUUCGGGGUUCAAGAGCUUUUAUGGAUCAAAAGGAUGGCCAUCUAGACCUCAUGUUGAUCAGCAACCAGCUAUAGGGAAGCUUAGUUCAGCAAGCUACGCCUCAAGUUUAGCGGCAGCUCCAUCAUCCCAUGUCGGUGUUGGGAGGUUUGAGGUAGUUAGGACAGGAAUGAGUUCAACCGGUAAGGAUGAGAUUGGUGGUCUAUGGUGGCCGGAGUUGAAGACUAAUCAAGAUGAGUCCCAAAAACUUGACUUGUCCCUCAAGCUCUAA